AUGGCGGCUAAGCAAAUUGACGUUGAUGUCUUAGUUAUUGGCUCUGGUCCGACUGGCCUGGGAGCCGCCAAGCGCCUGCAGCAGUUGAACAGUGCGUCGUGGUUGAUUAUCGAUUCGAACGAAAAGCCUGGUGGUUUAGCUUCGACCGACAUUAUCCCGGAGGGCUUUCUCUUCGACGUAGGAGGCCAUUAUUUCGAUGAUUGUCUCGGGGAAGCCCUCCCCAGGGACGAAGACUGGUAUGAACACCAGCGUGUUUUCUACGUGCCCUACCCUUUCCAGAACAACAUUUCCGUGCUUGAUAAGGAAGAUCAGGUCAAAUCGAUCAGCAGUCUGAUUGAUGCGGCCAUAGAUGCUCGUGCUCGUAACCGUCGCAAUGUUGGGGAGCAUUUGAAUGAGAUCUUCAUGCGGCCAUACAACUUCAAGGUCUGGGCAGUUUCUCCCAGCAAGAUGAAUGCCACCUGGGUUGGAGAACGUGUUGCUGCGCCUAACCUGAAGACAUUGACGAACAAUGUUAUUCUUAACAAAGUUGCGGGCAACUGGGGUCCUAAUGCCACUUUCAAAUUUCCUGCCCGGGAUGGCACUGGAGGUAUUUGGACGGCAGUUGCCAACACCAUUUCUAAUGAUAAAACUCGCUUUGGAGACCAUGGCAAGGUGAUCAAGGUUGAUGCCGAUGCCAAGAAUGUCUAUCUUGCAGAAGGGACCGUUGUCCAUUAUGGCUCGCUCAUCUCUACAAUGGCUGUAGACUACCUGGCCGAAUCCAUGGGCGAUACUCAAUUGCAGCAGUUGUGCAAGCCACUUUUAUUCUUAUACAAAUUUAAGUGCUGGCUCUACUUCCCCGAGGACAACACACCUUUCUACCGCGCGACCAUCUUCUCAAAAUAUUCUCCCUACAACCAGCCCGACAAUUUAGCUAAGCUGCCGACCCUGCAACUCGCUAAUGGAGAAAAGCCUGCCUCCACUGAUGAAUCGGGUCCCUACUGGUCCGUUAUGUUGGAGGUCUCAGAAUCCUCGCAUAAGGCCAUCAACCAGGAUACUUUGCUGGCCGAUAGCAUCCAGGGCCUCAUUAGCACAGAGUUACUCAAGCCCGAGGACAAGAUUGUCAGCACAUAUGUCUGCCGUUUUGACCAUGGCUAUCCCACACCUAGCUUGGAACGUAAUGGCGCUCUGACUGAGAUCCUUCCUUACCUACAAGACAAGGAUAUUCUUUCCCGUGGCCGUUUUGGUUCGUGGAAGUAUGAAGUCGGGAACCAGGGCCAUAGUUUUAUGCUGGGCGUCGAAGCUGUCGAUCACGUUGUCUCUGGUGCUGUUGAAUUAACUUGAAAUUAUCCCGACUUUGUUAACACUCGUCGCAAUACUGAGCGUCGACUGAAGAGCGUGACGACUGUCAUCCGGUAAUACAACGAGGAUGGGGUUCAUCAUGAGCGGAUGUUUUUGAUCACAAUCGAUAGGGACAUGCGUCU